UCUAAGCAAGUUGCUGGAAAUUUCGUAGGCAACAUCGUACCAAUACUCGGUCAACGCCAACAAAAAACGGAUGACAUUUAUAGGGCUUUUUAUAUAUUUCCGCCUGAGAAAAAACGCAAUCUUUCUCCCCGAAACGAUCCCUAAACUAAGCACGGCAUUAAUCUUGGUCUGAGCUGGGGCUUUAAUUUGUAUGAGAGGGAAGGCUCCUCAAGGCUGUUUGAUUCUGUGAUUGAAUAUGUUGUUACCCGGAUCAAAUCCCGAUCAGACACGGGAGAUGCCUGCGGAGAGUGCUGGGUCUGGAGAUACACGGCCUGCAUCUGGUAUUAGGCUUAGUAAAUUGGAGGUUGGGAGUGAUAGAGUGGAAAAUGGGGUUUAUGAGCAGUCUGUUGUGCAUAGACUGUCUAGUUCAAACAAGGUUUCUCUGCUGGAUAUAGCCAGAGAGAGAGUGGAUGUUGUGUCAGAGAGAAUGUACUUGCUUCCUGAUGAGUAUUUGGAAGAGAUCAAGGGUUCCCUGCGAGUGAUGCUUGAGGGGAAUGGAGGUUCUCAACAGAGGGAUGAGUUUAUGGCGUUGCAGAGACUGGUACAGAGUAGGUCUGAUUUGACUGCCAAUGCAUUGAUAAGAGCUCACCGGGUUCAGCUUGAAGUUCUUGUUGCUUUAAGCAUGGGGAUCCAGGCGUUCUUGCAUCCGAGUGUUAGCCUCUCGCAGACUUCCCUGAUUGAGAUUUUCACCUACAAGAGGUGCAGGAAUAUAGCGUGCCAAAGCCAGCUGCCAGCGGACGAGUGUGCAUGUGAGAUAUGCAAUAAUAGAAGAGGCUUCUGCAACCUUUGCAUGUGUCUGAUUUGCCACAAAUUUGAUUUCGAAGUGAACACCUGCCGUUGGAUUGGUUGUGAUUCAUGCUCCCAUUGGACUCACACUGACUGUGCAAUUCGCGACAAACAAAUUGGCAUGGGACAUUCUGCCAUUGGAGCCACUGGCUCGGCUGAAAUGCUUUUUAGAUGUCGAGCAUGCAACCAGACAUCUGAGCUUUUAGGCUGGGUGAAAGAUGUAUUCCAACACUGCGCACCAACCUGGGAUAGGGAAUCGUUGCUGAGAGAACUUGAUUUCGUGAGUAGGAUUUUCCAUGGUAGCGAGGACACAAAGGGAAGGAGACUCUUUUUGAAGUGCAAGGAACUCAUGGACAGAUUGAGGGAGGGAGUGGGGGAGGCAACUGCUUGCAAAGUCAUUUUGAUGUUCUUCCAAGAGCUCGAGAUGGACUCAUCGAGGAAAUUUGAAGCCCAGAAUAAUGGAAGGAUGGUCCCUGCACAAGAGGCGUGCGGCCAAAUUUCAGAAGUAGUGCAGGAAGCGGUGAGAAAAUUGGAAAUGGUGGCCGAAGAAAAGCUGAGGAUGAUCAAGAAAGCGCGGCUAGCUUACGAGUCAUGUGACCAAGAACUAGAGGAGAAGAAAAAGGAAGCGGCAGAACUGAAGCUGGAGAGGCAGCAGAAAAGACAGCAGAUAGAUGAUCUCGAGAGCAUUGUUCGACUUAAAGAAGCCGAGGCUGACAUGUUUCAGACCAAAGCUGAUGAGGCACGACGAGAAGCUGAAAGGAUACAGAGGAUUGCUCUUGCAAAGUACGAGAAAUCCGAGGAGGAAUACGCGUGUAGAUACCUUAAACUCAGGCUGAGCGAGGCCGAGGCCGAGAGACAAUACCUCUUCGAGAAGAUGAAGCUCCAAGACAAUCCCCGCGCAACAAAAAGCAAUAGCAUUGAGGACCCUACACAAGUGCUUCUCUCUAAAGUGCAGGAAAUCCUCAAGAAUGUGUAGCUCCAAUUUAAGUUAAUAGAAAACCUCCAUGAGUGUAAAAUACUUCUUACAUUGCUUCUGUUAUUGUAAUUCGUUUGAUUCAAUGUUGUGGAACAACGUUUGAAGGAACCUUUACAUAGUUAAUGUGGUUGUGUUGA